AAAAGCGGAAAAGAUGAAUUUAAUUGUAACAGGAGAGAUUAAUGGAAAUGAAGUGGCUGAAAAGUUUUUAAGAGUUAAUUCCAGUGAAAACUUGUUUCAGACUGAAAUUGAAGAUAUUCAGCCAAAUCGUAUAGUAUUGAUGGUGAAAGUCAGGGAUCAAACUCUCCAAUCUAAAGACCAAUUCAUGGAGAAAAUGCUCAAGUUAUUACUCAAAGUUUUGAUACCUGAAGAGGAGAAUCAAUUUCCAAAUUCAAUAAUUGACACCGUCAUUAUUGGUUUUGCCGAAAGAAUAACUCUAGAAAAUCCACCAUCACAGGAAGAACUUGUCAAAUAUGCACAAAGAGCUGAGGGAUAUAACCUGUUUCUGUCCGUAAGUCUCAACAGAAAAUUCGAUUUGAAAUCUCAAGAUGACGGGUAUUGGGACAUUUCAGAUUGCACAAUUCUCAGCACGAAAAUGGUGUUCACGGAUAGUAAAGGAAUACUUAUAUAUGAUACAACCAAUGAUGCUACCGAUUAUAUAUCUCUGUCAGAAAAACCACGAUAUGUCACUGCGAUAGACAACGAUACCGUAGCAGUAUCUUCAGAAUGGGACUGGGACAUUAAAAUUAUAAGUUUGACAACUAAGGAAGUAUCCAGGACAGUACAAACAAGCGGUUGUUGCUAUGGUGUUUCAUUUUAUGAUAACAAGCUAUAUGCCGCUUUCAAAAAUGGUAGUAAAGUUGAUGUGCAAGUUAUAGAUCGCGAUAAUCAAAACGAAUUUCAGAAAAGCAACGUCAUACCAAUUUAUUCCGAUAGCGUUCGCUACAUCACAGUGAACGGUGGAAAGUUAUUCUACACGGCCGAAUCUAUUUUAUACUGUUGUGGUUUAAAUGGAACAAUUCAAUGGCAGUUUUCUGAUGACAAAUAUUCAUGUUUGCUAGGUGUCACGAGUGAUGGAAAUGGAAAUGCGUUUGUGUCUUGUUUGAGUGCGCAUACUGUCUUACUAGUCUUAAGUGGCGGGAAAAAAUACAGAGAAAUUCUGAAUAGGUCAAGUGAGUUGACUCUUCCAAGAGGAAUUCAUUUUGCCAAACAUGAUAACUUACUUCUUGUCUGUAAUAAAACCGGUAAAGUGUCAAUAGUAAAUGUUAAAUAAUCUGGCAUAAAAAUGUGUAGAUUAUUCCAGAUUGAAAUCCAAAAUAGACAUUUUUAUGUUGAAAUGAAACCAGUUGUAUAUCUUGUAAAGAAUUUCAAAAUGCAAAUUGUUCCUAUGUUCGAUACAUUAUUCAGAAUAAUGUUUUAUAUUUGUGGAUAAGUUAAGACCCUUUGCAAUCUAUAAAUAUAUGUUUUAAAUAUUAUUGUAAUUCAAAAUGCUAACCUAUAUGUUCUGAAGUAGCAUACAUUUAGAAACUUUUAAUUGACCGUGUAAAUAUUUUCCGAAAGGUCGUACAAAUCCUAAACAUUCUUUCUUUAAAUUUGCCAUAUUCAAAGAAUCUGGUUCUGCUAUCCAAAGACUGUUUCAUUAGAAACGACUUUUAAUGCUUUAUAAUUUGGUAGUACAAAAUAUUCUUGCAUUAACCAAAUAUAAAAUUGUGUUUGCUUAUAAUUGCUUAUAUCCAC